CCCCAGCCAACGUCCGGCGGCCCCGCCCCAGCCGGACCGAGGUCUGAAGGAUGCUGCAGCCGUGGGGGCGGGACCCGCAGGCGAUCGCCAGCGCCUCCCGCGUGGAUUGGAUGCAGCCGCAGUCGGCGCCAUGCUAUUGGUCGGCCGCGAGGUAGGGGCGGGGCCUGACUCCUGCAGCGGGGCGGCGGGGAAUGCGGCCAAAGCCCGGGAAGCUGCUGCGGGGGCGAUGGCUGCGCCGAGCCGGGGGCCCCGCGAGGUCCUGGCCCCCUCCCCUGAGGCUGGAUGCAGAGCAGUCACCUCCAGCCGCCGGGGGCUUCUCUGGCGCCUCCGAGACAAGCAGUCUCGCCUGGGCCUGUUUGAGAUCAGCCCGGGGCAUGAACUGCAUGGGAUGACGUGCAUGAUGCAGGCAGGGCUGUGGGCUGCCACCCAGGUCUCCAUGGACCACCCACCCACGGGGCCGCCCUCCCGGGACGAUUUCUCGGAGGUCCUAACCCAGGUUCAUGAGGGCUUCGAGCUGGGCACGCUGGCCGGCCCCGCCUUUGCCUGGCUGCGCGGCUCCCUGGGCCUGGCGGAGGAGGACUAUCAGGCUGCGCUGGGCCCCGGCGGCCCCUACCUGCAGUUCCUCAGCACCUCCAAGAGCAAGGCCAGCUUCUUCCUGUCCCACGACCAGCGCUUCUUCCUGAAGACCCAGGGGCGCCGAGAGGUGCAGGCUCUGCUCGCCCACCUGCCCCGCUACGUGCAGCACCUGCAGCGGCACCCGCACUCGCUGCUGGCGCGGUUGCUGGGAGUGCACAGUCUGCGGGUGGACCGGGGAAAGAAGACGUACUUCAUCGUCAUGCAGAGCGUCUUCUACCCCGCCGGCCGCAUCUCCGAGAGGUAUGACAUCAAAGGCUGCGAGGUGAGCCGCUGGGUGGAUCCCGCCCCUGAGGGCAGCCCCCUUGUUCUGGUGCUGAAGGACCUCAACUUUCAGGGCAAGACCAUCAACCUGGGGCCCCAGCGGAGCUGGUUCCUCCGCCAGAUGGAACUGGAUACCACCUUCCUUCGGGAGCUCAACGUGCUGGAUUACAGCCUCCUGAUAGCCUUCCAACGUCUCCACGAGGAUGAGAGGGGCCCGGGCAGCAGCCUCAUCUUCCGCACGGCCAGGUCUGUGCAAGGGGCACAGAGCCCGGAAGAGUCGAGAGCCCAAAACCGCCGGCUGCUGCCCGACGCCCCCAACGCCCUACACAUCCUGGACGGGCCCGAGCAGCGCUAUUUCCUGGGCGUCGUGGAUCUCGCCACGGUCUACGGGCUCCGCAAGCGGCUGGAGCACUUGUGGAAGACACUGCGCUACCCGGGCCGGACCUUCUCCACUGUCAGCCCGGCUCGCUACGCCCGUCGCCUCUGCCAGUGGGUGGAGGCGCACACGGAGUGACGGGCGCCCGGCCCCACUCUCCGGAUCUGGAUGAUGGGCUCACGCCAGGAACGCCGGUUCCCCCGGGCCCGGGCAUCUCGCCUGCGCUUCCUCCUGAUGGUCGCCAGAGGGCAGCAUCCCCUAACUAAUACCGUAACCGCGCAGUCCCGUUUGACGGUGGUGCCGUGCCCAGCAUCGUGCCAAGGACUCCCCUACUUUAGCUCAUUUAAUCCUCAAAAAAUGCUAUUAUUCUCUUUUUACAGACCAUGAAAUGGAGGCUCAGGGGGUGAAGGGACUGAUCAAGAUCAUUCAGCAAUAAAUGCUGGAACCAGGACUCAA